AAGGGAAAUCGGGUGGUUGUGGUGGAUGAGCAAAAACCAACUAGGAAGAAAACGCCACAUCCAGUCGCCAUUGCUACCCAACCCCAAAUGGCCACGUCCAUCGCCACCACCGCUACUCCAGUUCUCUCCGGAUCACUCUACCGCUCCUCCGCCGUCGCCGCCGGCCCACCUCCAAAACCACCGCCGCAUCUCCCCAAACCCCAAAUCCUCACCACCCUCACCGCCACUUUCGCCGCCACCACAAUUCUGUCGGCCGGCCUCCCAUCCCUAGCCGAACCGAGCAAUUACUCCCUCUACUACGGGACGGCGGCCAGCGCAGCCAAUUACGGUGGCUACGGCGGAAACUCCGACAAGAAAGCCUCCGCCGAAUACGUUUACGACGUCCCCGAAGGUUGGAAGGAGCGCCUGGUCUCCAAAGUCGAGAAGGGCACGAACGGCACCGACAGCGAGUUCUUCAACCCGAAGAAGAAGACCGAAAAGGAGUACCUGACUUUCCUCUCCGGAUUCCGCCAGCUGGCUCCCCGCGACGCCGUGCUCGACAAUUUGGCCCUCUCCGACGUUGAUCUCCAGGAUUUGAUCGCCACGGCGGAGGGCGUGAGGAGCGAGGAGAAGAAGGACGAGAACGGCCAGGUCUAUUACGAGUACGAGAUCGAUGGAGUUGGGAAGCACAGCUUGAUUAAGGUGACUUGUGCUAGGAAUAAGCUCUAUGCUCAUUUUGUAAGUGCGCCGGCGGCAGAGUGGAACCGUGAUCAGGAUACUUUGAGGCAUCUCCAUGAAUCCUUCAAGACUGUGGGUUGAUUGAAAUUCAAUUAAACGCAGAAACUUUUUCUGUUGUAUCUUGACCUAAUCUGAGUGAAACAUUGUGGGCUUUGUAUAAACUUGAACUCCUAUCGGCCUUUUUAGUUUUGUUCUCAUACCCUGAAAAAUUCUCAGCUUUGGUACUCUGUUUUCACCUUCUGGGCAAUCGUAAAGUUCUGAUCUUUAUCUGU